AUGUUCAACAGCGCCUUUCAGAGCCUCGCCGAUGCGGCAGGCGCUCCCGUAGACUACAUCAAGCUCUUUGUCUGCCUGCUCGCCUCCUUCCCGCUGUCGACCGUCUACGCACGGCUGCCGUCCCCCAACGCCAAGCACCUCUACAGCCUGGUCGUCUCCACCAUCUUCUUUGUCCCCAUCCUUGAGCUGCGAUGGGGCUUCUUCCAGCUGGUCGCCACCAGCUUGGUCACCUACUUCAUCUGCCUCAACAGAAUCGGCGGUAGGAAGAUGGGCUGGCUCGUAUUCGGCCUCCAGAUGGGCCACCUGACUUGCAACCACAUCUACCGUCAGUUCGGCAACAUCCCUCUGACCACCAUCGAAAUCACCUCGAUGCAGAUGGUCUCGACCAUGAACCUCACCACCUUCGCCUGGGACUGCUUCGACGGCCAGAUCCGCACGGCUGACGAGUGCGACGAGAGCCAGAAGAAGACGAGAAUCACCCAGAUGCCCAGCCUGCUCGAGUUCCUCGGCUACAUCUUCUACGCCCCCGGUGUCCUCAUCGGUCCCUCGACCCGCUUCGCCGACUACCGCGCCUGGUCCAACGGCUCCCUGUUCGCCUCGCCCAAGGGCAAGGAGAAGGCCAACGAGGACGGCCAGCGUCUGCCUCCCGGCCGCAUCGCCGCCGCCUGCCAGGAGCUGGCCAUCGGGCUGGGCUUCAUGGCCAUCUACUCGACCAUCGCCCCGGGUUACGGUUACGAGCGGCUGAUUGGCGCCGACGGCGGCUUUGACGGCUACAAGUGGUACCAGAGGAUCCUCUACGUCCAGGCCGCGGGCUUCAUGGCCAGGACUAAGUACUAUGGUAUCUGGUCGCUGACGAACGGAGCAUGCGUCAUGUCCGGUCUGGGCUACUACGGCAUCGACCCGGCGACGGGCAAGACCAAGUGGAACCGGUGCCGCAACGUCGACAUUGCCAGCAUCGAGUUUGCCAACAACUGGAAGGAGCUGCUCGACGCGUGGAACAUGAACACCAACGUGUGGCUGCGCAACAACGUCUACAAGCGGAUCGCGCGUCCGGGAAAGAAGCCAGGGUUCAAGUCGACGAUGACGACGUUCCUCACGUCGGCCUUCUGGCACGGGCUGGCGCCCGGAUACUACCUGUCGUUUUUCCUGGCGGGCUUUAUGCAGUCGGCGGCGAGGACGCUGCGCAAGCACCUGCGGCCCAUGGUCUUCAAGGACGCGCGCGCGCCCAACCCGACGUUUUCGACGCUGGGCAGCUACACGGUGCCGCAGCUCCUGUUUUGCGCCGUGUCGGUGGCAGGCGUGCAGCUGACGCUCAACUACGCCGUGGCGCCGUUUAUGCUGCUCGACUUUGGCGCGUCGAUCCGGGGCUGGAAGAGCGUCUACUUCUACGGCCACCUCCUGACGGCCGCGGUGCUGCUGUCGUUCCAGGCGGGCGCCGGGCGGUACCUCGACCGGAUCAGCGGGCGUCCGAAGCGUGCCAAGGAGGUGGGCGCCGGCUUUGCCACGGGCUACACGACGGGCGCCGAUAGCGAUGCCGAGACGGCAUCCAGGGCGGCGAGAAAGGCGGCCACGGCCAAGACCGAGUUCAAGCGCGACGCCGACAAUGUCACGUCGCUUGCCCCCGAGCCCAUCUCCUGA